AGCACUUAGAUAAGAUAAUGGCAAGACACUCAUCGAUGCUUAUUUGUUGAGGGAGCUGGGAAGAACUCUAUCACUGAUAUAGGCCACGAGUGAUUUCAUUCUCUUCCGAGAUUAGACCAAUCCCAGACGUAACAACAAAUCUUGUUGCUCCGAUUUCCAUUACUUUAUCUGACAACUUCUACAACUUGUUACACAGCAUCGCAAAUAUGGCGGUUCACUGGGGUGGUGUCGCCGGGAUGAUCGUUUUCUAUCUCAUCAUCCUUCUCGUUGGCAUGUGGGCUUCUAGGAGAACCAAAGGAGGGGACAAUCCUGAACGCGUGAUGGUGGCCCGUCGGGAUAUUGGAUGGUUUGUCGGGUUCUUCACACUAGUCGCAACUUGGGUGGGAGGUGGCUACAUCAAUGGAACAGCGGAAAAGGUAUUCAGACCAGGCGGUGGGUUAUUAUGGACACAAGCUCCAAUCGGAUACAGUCUCAGUUUCGCCGUCAAUGGGCUUUUCUUUACGAGGAAGAUGAGAGCAUCCAACUACGUGACAAUGAUCGACCCGUUUCAGAUCAAAUAUGGAUCUCGUUUCGGAGGAUUAUUGUUCGUAGUAGCGCUCCUUGGGGAACUCUUAUGGUGUGCCACCAUAUUGGCUGCACUCGGCUCAUCAAUUGCUGUUAUUUUGGAGCUCGACCAGAAUUUAGCUGUGAUCAUAUCUGCCUGUAUCGCCGCUGUUUAUACUUUGUUUGGAGGCCUCUAUUCCGUAGCUUACACUGACAUCGUGCAACUUAUUCUGAUUUUCAUCGGACUUUGGUUAGCAGUGCCUUUUGCAAUGACCCAUGAAGCCGUGGUUCCCAUAUCGGAAACAAAAGAUGAGUGGCUUGGAGAAUGGGAUAACAAAUUAGUUGGGGUGUGGCUAGAUAAUUGGAUGCUUCUGAUAUUUGGCGGGGUACCGUGGCAGGCCUACUACCAGCGAGCCCUUGCCGCCAAGACGCCAGACCUUGCCGUAAAGUUGUCGUACGGGGCAACCAUAGGGUGCUUGGUUAUGGCUAUCCCAGCUGUCAUCUUUGGUGCCGUUGGUUCAAGUACUGAUUGGGAGAUGACGAAUGUUAACUUAAACAAGACAGAUCCCUAUGAGGAUGCAAGCUUGGUCCUUCCUCUUAUCAUGCAGUUUCUUACCCCUCCUUUUAUCGCUUUCAUGGGACUGGGAGCCAUUUCUGCAGCGACCAUGUCGUCGACCGACUCAUCUGUUCUCUCAUCCAGUUCUAUGUUCGUAAGGAACAUCUAUUCGACCAUCUUCCGACCAAAGGCUUCAGACAAAGAAAUUAUUUGGGUGUUGCGAUGCACUAUCCUUGUCGUCACCGCGAUCGCCACAAUCCUAGCCCUGACGCUCAAGUCUAUUUACACCCUCUUCGUUCUCUGCUCCGACCUCGUGUACGUCAUCCUCUUCCCUCAGCUGAUCUGCGUCGUCCAUGUGCCCAAGGCGAAUACGUAUGGUCUCAUUCCCGGCCUCAUCAUCGGGCUCAUUCUCCGCCUCGGUGGUGGUGAGGAAGCAAUAGGCAUGCCACAUUUUAUCCGUUACCCGUUUUACGACGACGAAUACGGUCAGCUCUUUCCAUUUCGAUCGCUGGCCAUGCUGGUAUCGCUGAUCACGACCCUUGUGUUUUCUUACGGUGUUGCCCUCCUGUUCGAGAAGGGCUACGUGAGUGAGAAAUGGGACAUCCUCGAGAGUUUUCACGUCGACGACGAAAAUGAAAAGAAUGAAAAACAUCCUGUAGCUAAAUACGAACUGCAGGGCCCGGAAGACAAAAAUGAAAAUGACAAGUUUCUAUAACUCUGAUCUAUUCUCUUUUGUUAAUAAUCUUCUUAUUAGACUUAUUUGCACGUAGUUAAUUAAUCUAAUUAUUGGGUUAUUGUGACUAUAGAUUGGACAAAAAAAAAUGUUUAGCGUCCUGCCAUUUUGAAAAAUGGACAGCCCUUUUCUUUCUUUUUUUCAAAACGGCCGCCAGUUGAUAUUGAAAUUGUUUUCCCUUAAAAUCAUGAAAUUUAUAUUUUUCGAGAUUUACAAAAGAAAAAAAAGUGGUGGCCCACUAAUGAGGAAGGGGUCUCUAAACAUGUAGAUUUUUAUAUGUCCUAUAUAAAAAGGUUGCGGCAAAUGACGGAAAUUUGCACAAUAAAAAGUUAGUCUGAAUUUUUUUUCUCCAAUGAGAGAAUUGCUUUGCAUUCAUGUACACUGUAAAAAUACUGUUUAAAAUGUUAAUCACGUUGUUUAAGCCCGUCACUCUGUUUAAAACAACUGCUGUUUACACUUUUUAAACAAGUGUUUAAAAUUAUUAAACACGUUGUUUAAAAAAAUUAAACAAUUACAGAAAAUGUUAAGCUUUGUUUUUUGUUAGAGUGACAGGCUUAAAAAACGCGCUAUUCCUUUUUUCACUUUGUAUGACGUGUCAAUUUAUUGCCAUGAUUCUAGUCUCCUGUAUAGUUAUAUGCAGAUAAGUAUACAGGAGACCU